AUUGAAUGGUAAGAACAGGCAGCGAUCAUGUGACCGCUGGAGCUGCAUUGUAAAUAGACAGCAGGGGCCAUGCCUUCAUAACGUCUUUAAAAACACCGCAAAAGGUCACUUGUUUCCUUUCAGAGACUCCUUAUCACCCUACGAGGAUUUUCCGUACGGUUCCGCUUUAUUCGGGGCGUCUAAAGUGUUAAACAACAACAUGUACCGGUCUCUGUACGCCUUUCGAUCUGCUGAGCCCAACUCGCUGCACUUCUCAGCCGGAGAAAGCUUCCUAAUCCUGGAGAGGAGCAACAAACACUGGUGGUUGGGAUCCCGGUGCAGCUCCGGUGAGACCGGUUAUGUCCCCUCCUCAUACAUCGAAAAGAUCCAGGCUCCGGAGCAGGAUGAAGUGUUGCAGUCCAUCGACAGAGCUAUCGAAGGCAUUCACAAUGUCGCCUUAAAGAAUGGAGGCAAAUACAAUCUGGAGCAGCGGGAUGUUCUACAAAAGUUGAUCCAUCACAGAAAGGAGACGCUGGCACGGCGGAGCCUUUCGGGUCACUCGCAGGGCCUCCCGGCUUCCAACAGCGAAAUAUCCCUCAGUCAGACUCCUCCGCCGCCCAAUGGCCUUAACCGAGACUACGGAAAACAAGGAGGCGUGCCGCUAUCAGGGAGCAUGGACAGCAUGCACACAGACCCGGGCGUUUAUCAGGUGCCCCCGCAGCCCAGACGGGCAGCUCCCAUAACGCCGCCCCCUCCUGAGAAACAGCGUAACAGCCGGCGUGCAGAGCCCGACGUCCCCUCCAGAGUGUCCUCUCUCCCUCCGUCCCCGGUCCCCUCCCUCACAAUCAGCACCACUUCUUUAGAGUCUGGCUCCUCCCACUCUGCACUGUCCUCCGACGUCAGCCUGCCAAGUGUCUCCAGCACCCCCCCUCCCCCGGUGCCAUCCCGCGUCAAGCCCGCCGGCGCCGCCGUGCCACUUCCAGACACCCCCCCUCAGUCUGCCCCAGUCAAGAGCCCGGCCCCUCAGCCUCCUCAGCCGGCUGCCGAAGAGGAGCAGCCGGAGGGAGAGUGGCCGGUUGCCCCCCCGUCUGUCGCCGAGAGCCCCCCCGGCAGCCCGGCUCCCUUCGAGCCGGUUCCCCCGACCAUCGGGGCGGAGCUGAUCGAGCUGGUGCGGAAGAACACGGGCUUGAGUUACGAGCUGUCGCGGGUGGCUGUGGGGGUGGUGGUGGGCCACCUGCAGAGCACCCUGCCUCGCGCCUCCGCCGCCCUGGAGCGAGUUCUGGUGUCGCUGGUGGAGAGCAAGGACUCCAGCGCAGCGUUGCCGCGGGGUCAGGUGUGUCACGACGAGCAGCGGCUGGAGGUCAUCUUCGGCGACCUUGCCCGCCACCGGGACGACUCCCAGCAACGCAGCUGGGCGCUUCACGAAGACCACGCCCUCAUCGCGUGCUACCUCGAAGAGCUCCUCAAGAUACUGACCGAUGCCGAUCCCGAGGUGUGUAAGAGGAUGUGCAAGGCCAGCGACUACGAGAACGUGCUCUCUCUAGUUUCCUACUAUCAGAUGGAGCUCCGCGUGACUUUGCGCCUGCUGCUGCUCAAAGUGUUUGGUGCAAUGUGCAGCCUGGAUGCUGCUCUCAUCUCCACCCUCCUCAACUCCAUCCUCCCCAUGGAGCUGGCCAGGGACUUACAGACAGACACGCAAGAGCACCAGAAGAUGUGUUACACAGCCUUGGUGCUUACCAUGGUUUUCUCAAUGGGAGAACAGGUGCCAUAUCAUCACUACGAACACUUGAACGCUGACUUUGUUCAGUUCCUGCUGGAUGUGGUGGAAGACGGACAUCCCGCCGAUGCCACGGAGCAGCUGCCGGACAUCUUCCUCAACCUGCUGCUGGCCUUCAACCUGCACCACACAGUGCCGAGCAACAACGUGAUCAUGCAGCAGCUGAAGAAGAAAAACGUCAAGAUUCUAUCAGAGAAAGCGCUGCUGCUCCUCAACCGAGGAGACGACCCGGUGUGCAUGUUCAAACACAUGCCGCCCGCCCCGCACGCCGUGCUCAAGUUUCUGCAGGAUGUCUUUGCUAGCCGAGAGACGGCCGACAUCUUCUACCGCACGGACAUGAUGGUGAUGAUUGACAUAGCCGUGCGGCAGAUUUCUGACCUUUCACCUGGAGAUAAGCUGCGGAUGGAGUAUCUCUCCCUUAUGCACUCCAUCAUGCGCUCGACGGAUUACUUCGAGCACCUGCACCGCCUCUCCGACCUGCAGGGGGCGCUGCAGAGGAUUCUCAGGGAGGAGAAUGACCCAGGGGAGGAUGAAGGGAGCGCUACGGCCAAACAGAUGGAUAAGCUAAUUGUACAGCAGAUCUACAAGGAGUUCCCGCAGAUGAGCCAAGCCUAACUAACCAUCGGAGUAACACACACACACACACACACACACACACACACACACACACACACACCCACACACACACACACAUAGUCCACCGCAGGGAGGCGCAGUCUGGAAAACUGAUGCCCUUUGGAUGCUGAAUGCCGAGAAAUGCAAUCACUCAUGCCAGUGUUUCCUUGGACUCUGCUGCAGCGUGCAUGCGAUGUGGUGGAAUUCUUACAGAUUUGACCACAUCUGAUGAUGACUUUGAUUUGAGUGUGACGCGCUUGUGUGUUUGUUUGAGUGAGUGAGAGGAAAAUGCACAAGAUGCCCGUGAGGUUUAGUCUCAGCUGUAACCGAAACAAUAGCAAUUAGCAAUAACGAGCCUCUUUUACUUCAAAGGUCCCAUAUUGUCGUAUUUUCAAGUGUCCCACAGUAAAAUCUAGCCUUGACGCUGGAAUCUAGACGGUUUAAAAGUGUUUUAAUAAGCCCUACUUUGUGUGUCUGUAGCUGUAAUGCUAAUCAUGAAGGUUCAUUUGUUUCUUUACUACCAAACAUCUUUUGCACACUGAAUUGAUGCUACUGAAUUCUUGCAUCUGCAUUUUUGCUUUUUUUUUUUUUUUUUUACAUCAAAUGAUGCUGAAAAUGUCUUUGACUAAAAAUUCAUGUGUUAAAAUUUCAGUUUGUGAAAAUAGUGUUUUAAAAUGUAGUUUGUAAAACUUCAGUUCACAAAAGUUCAGUGUAAAAAAAAAUAAAAUAAAAAAUCGGUGCAAAUAAUUAUGAUGUUUCAAAACUCACACGUCCGGUUUGUGUAAGACCUGUGUCACGUGACGAUGCACUUUAUACCGGAUUGGCUGAGACAAUCGAUUUAUUCAGCCUUCAUCUGAAUGCGAACUUUGAAACAUCAAAUUCGCUUUGACCCAAUUUUUUUGCACUGAAUUCUUAUCAAAUGAACUGUUAAACUCCAUAUUUUAAUAAACAACAUUUCAAAACACUUGCAUUUUUGUAUAGAAAUGUUUACUUUUUAAAAAAAAGUAACAUUUUCAGUAUAAAAUCAGAUCAAAAUCAGUUCGCAAAAAAAAAUCAGUUACAUUAAUUCAGUGUGAAAAAAAGGCUUUGGUGAUUAAAAAAAUAAACAAAAAACUUUCAUAUUAAUGUGCUGUGGGUGUCCACGCCUGCCUCUGACAGUGGGUGUGGCUUCAAGAAGCGCUUUGUGCACUUUAUCCUCUUUUCCCAAUGUUACAGAUGCCAUAUAUCACAUAGAACUACGUGACCUUAAAGGACGACUGCACUCAUCAUCCACAAUCCUGACUUGAGACAUGAACACACGUCGUUGUUUUUUCUCUGCAUUCUAUAGAUAUAAAAACCGCUAAAAAGAGGCAGCGUAAUGGGACACACCUAUACUGCAUAUAAAGCCUUCUGAAAAAACCUCCAAAAAGCGCCAACAACGCUCCAUUUACAUAAUGUGAGCUGCAUAUCAACCAAGCUACAGCGACAUUGUCAUUAUUGUUGUUAACACUGUUACGCCCAAGAACUACGUUACUGGCGUAGUGACACCUCGCCACAUCGCACCGGCUAGCUACUUGCUGGCCUCAGGCCACUAGAAAAGGUAACGCUACAUACUGAAACUGCCGCCACUGCUGCUGUGUCUUUGUUUUUGAGUUUGGAAAAGUUAACGCUAGGUGUCGCGCUCCUUUCUAUGUCGCUAUGUGAAAUCAUUGCGCCCAGGAAGGACGUUCCAUUAAUGCUUAAAAUCACCAAAGUACGGCAAAAUACUGUAAGUAUUACAUGCUAUCAUGAAUGUACCUGCUACUACAUGCUCACAACAUGGAUAUAAAACCAUAAAACAUUUUUGGAGGUGUUUUAAUAGCGAGGUUUGUAGGUGAAAUAGGUGUGUCCCAUCACAUGCAUUUAAUUAGCUGCCUCAUUUUAUCUGUUUUUUAUCUUUAGAACACACAGAAAAGAGAAAGACGUGUUCAUGUCUCACAUAAGGAUUGUGGAUGAUGGGCAAAAUUCCCCCCCAAAAAUGCAGUUUUUCAUGGAAGGAGUGGGACAGAAGGACAAAUGUUUGCUAGGUUAGCCCAUUCGCUGAAGACAAUUAACAUGAUCAAACUUUACAGCAGAGCUCCAGGGUGCAUUUUAAGAUGCGUAGCGAAGCCUUUUUUUGUUUUUGUCAUGUUUGAUGCUCAUAAAGAGGCUCUCGGGUAACACAUGACUGUCAGAACAUCAUUAAAAAGUCACUUUUGAAGAAUAGGGGACCUUUCAAGUAACACAUUCGAACCAACGAUGCACUCAACUGUUAUUUUGCUGAAAGAAAUGCACAUUUACGAGCAUAUACUUUUAAAAGUGACUUCACCCUUCCCACCCCUGGGGUGGUUGAUCAAAGCUUGUGACUAGACGAACUUGUUUCUUUACCCAUGAAGCUCCGAAUCAAGCAGAACAAGAUGAGCAAGUUGUUGGCACAUAUCAUUCAACAGAACGGUUAGCAGUGCGCUCACUCGUGCAAAAGCUCCUCAAGCAUCAGGAUGGUUGACUUUCUAUCUUAAGGGACUGGAGUGUGUGCUUUCCCACAAUGCUGCAUUUAAAGUGUCAAUAGAGCCGUGUACCGUAGCUUCUGCUGAUGUUCUUGCACUUACCGUGUGAGCUAACGUGGCCGCUUUCUCUUUAUCAUCCACUGAAACCCAAGACAAAGUUGUUCAAGUUUACCGACUAAUAAUUGAACAUGUUUUUCUUCACGCUGUAUUGUGGUUGGCCGUGUUCUCUUACUUUGCAAGCUCACAUGAUCUUUUCUUUGUGUCUGUGACAUGCUUCCAUAAUUCUAAUAUUGUUGGACGUCAUUCUGAAGUGAUAUCAGUUUUUUAUAUCGUGUUCAAACGU